CAAUAUUUGCAAAUUAUGGAGGUGCAGGCCCAAGUACUUCGAAUCAUCAACAAGAAAUCCAAGAAAGAACAGCGAAGGAAAAACAUGACAAGAAAAGUGUUUUCUCGACUCGAGAUGUUAGAAGGUGCUAAAUCAAUAGGUGUCGAAGCUGCUACAAUUGCUUUAGCCGGAGCUGCUGUCGGUAUUGGAAACGUCCUCAGUUCUUUGAUUCAUUCCGUGGCGCGAAAUCCAUCAUUGGCUAAACAAUCAUUUGGUUAUGCCAUUUUGGGCUUUGCUCUCACCGAAGCUAUUGCAUUGUUUGCCCCAAUGAUGGCCUUUCUGAUCUCAUUUGUUUUCCGAUCGCAUAAAAAGUCAUGAGAUCAAAAAAGAAAUGUGAGAAUGUAGUUAC